AUGGAAGGGGGAAGAUGGACGGAUGACCUGGUCAGGUUGUCUCCUGCGUCCCUCCUCUCAACCUCUGAGCGUUCCCUCCCAAGGACCUCCGAGAGAUCUGGUGAGUCCCAGGGGAGGGGAGAUGGGUACCUGGAUGGAUGGAGCCAGAGAGGAAUUGGGGUGGGGGGGGAGGCAGGCGGAUGGAAAUGGAGAAGGGGAGACCUUUUUGGGCUCCCCCACCUGCCUGCCUGCCUGCCUGCCUGCCUGCGCCUUUGUCAUCUGCAGGCAAUUUGAGCCAGGAAUAGAUCACAGCUCCCUGCCCGACACGAUGAAUUGGCAGCUCUAAAUGUCUAAAACCAGUUCUGUGAUCUGAAUGCCCUGCCAGUGUCAGAAAACUCACUGAUCCUGCUUUGCAGUUUGAAUGCAGAUGGGGCCUCUGUGUGCUGUCUUUUUCUUUUUGGAAUAACUUCUUAUUUGCUUUUAAAAACAAGGAUCAUAGGACUAAUAAAUGAUACAAAUAUGAAGACUAAGUCUUCGCAUGCCAUUUGCAUAUCAAAAAUAGCAGAAUAAAUUUGCAGGAAUAUCUAGUAACAUAUGGUUCAUCAUUAGUGGUCGGUGUAUGAGUUCUGGGUUCAUGAAUUGGUUUGAACUGAGUUAUAGUCACUUUUCCUCUUCUGUUGCUAAUGAAAAAUACAGUCUCUUCAUGGACAUGGGAGGGGAGUUCAAAGUGAAGAAAGCGAUUUACGUAUAAAUUUAAAUUUAGACCGACUAGAUUGAGGCAGCAGCUGAUGGGGAGUGUUCAGGUGAAGGUGUUGCUGUUUGUUUCACAGACGAGACGUGGAUGUUCCAUACAUACCUGUAUGUGAUGAACUUCAACUCUUUGGCUGGAGACCAACAGCAUCUGGGAUUCUAAUAUCCCCCACCGUGAACCCAGAAUGGAGGGAUAUCAACUGUUUCCUCUGUGAAUGUUCUGCGUCUAGUCAUGCCUUUUAAAACAGUGACCAGGCUUCUCUGAACCACCCAGGCCUUCUUAAAUGCCGGCUUCAGAGUUUUUAGGGAAGUUGAUGUAAAUUCUGUCAGGCGUGUUGUUUUUGCUUCUGUUUGCAUUUGAUUGACCAGAGAUGACUGACCUUGGAGAUGGAGUGGAUUCCAGGAUUGAGCAAGAACAAAAUCCAUUCCAGAUAAAAGCCAAGCAAUAUGUCAGUAAAUACCGGCCAACAAAGGCAGUGAAAACUAUAGAGAGGCCCCACAUCUAACUAUUUUUAGUUCUUCCUCUAUCACAAGCAUUAAUUAACUUGGUUCAAUGAUCUGGAGCUCCAUUUUUUCUGAGGCUCUAAUUCGCUUCUCUCUUCAUUGCAGAUGGAGAUGAACUGGAAGGGAAGAACAAGGGGGAGCACAACAGAAUCCACAUAGCGGAGAAGUCAAAUAAACAUUCAGAGUGUGGAGAGAACAUUGGUCAGAGCUCCCAUUCCACCUCCCGUCAAAGAAAGAGCUUCGUUCAGAGGGAUAGCCUCACUGCACACAAAAGAGGACAGAGCAGGGAGAAACCCUAUCAGUGCUUGGAAUGUGGGAAGAGCUUCAGUCUCAGGCACAAUCUCACUUCCCAUCAAAGAACGCAUACAGGAGAAAAACGCUAUCUGUGCUUGGAAUGCGGAAAGAGCUUCAGUCACAGGCACAAUCUCACUUCCCAUUGCAGAAUUCAUACAGGGGAGAAACCCUAUCAGUGCAUGGAAUGUGGGAAGAGCUUUAAUCAAAGCGCACAUCUCAUUUCCCAUCAAAGAAUUCAUACCGGGGAGAAACCCUAUCAUUGUCUGGAAUGUGGAAAGAGCUUCAGUCUCAGGCAGAAUCUCACUUCCCAUCAAAGAACUCAUACAGGAGAAAAACCCUAUCAGUGCUUCGAAUGCGGGAAGAGCUUCAGGGAGGGGGCCAAGCUCACUUUGCAUCAAAGAACUCAUACAGGGGAGAAACCCUAUCAGUGUUUGGAAUGUGGAAAGAGCUUCAGUCGGAAGGUGAAUCUCACUUCCCAUCAAAGAAUUCAUACAGGGGAGAAACCCUAUCAGUGCUUGGAAUGUGGAAAGAGCUUCACUGAUAGCUCCAGUCUCACUUCCCAUCGCAGAAUUCAUACAGGAGAAAAACCCUAUCAGUGCUUGGAAUGUGGAAAGAGCUUCAGUCAAAGCACCCAUCUCACUUCCCAUCAAAGAAUUCAUACCGGGGACAAACCCUAUCAUUGUCUGGAAUGUGGAAAGAGCUUUCGUCAGAGUGGUGAUCUCACUUCCCAUCACAGAAUUCAUACAGGAGAGAAACCCUAUCAGUGCUUCGAAUGUGGGAAGAGCUUCAGGGAGGGGACAAAGCUCACUUUGCAUCAAAGAACUCAUAAAGGGGAGAAACCCUAUCAGUGCUUUGAAUGUGGAAAGAGCUUUCGUCAGAAGGUGAAUCUCACUUCCCAUCAAAGAACUCAUACAGGGGAGAAACCCUAUCAGUGCAUGGAAUGUGGAAAGAGCUUCAAUCGGAAGGAUAGUCUCACUUCCCAUCACAGAAUUCAUACCGGGGACAAACCCUAUCAUUGUCUGGAAUGUGGAAAGAGCUUCAGUCUCAGGCAGAAUCUCACUUCCCAUCAAAGAACUCAUACAGGAGAGAAACCCUAUCAGUGCUUCGAAUGCGGGAAGAGCUUCAGUCAGAGCUCCCAUCUCACUUGCCAUCAAAGAAUUCAUACAGAGGGGAAACCAAAAAAGAGAAAUAAAACAAAAAAUAUUAAACAAUCCUUACAAAAUACAAUUGUAUAG